AUGGGGAGCAGCCCCACUUUGGUAUUACCCCGACCUUACAGAAGAUCAUGGCUGAAUAACACUGUUCCAAGCACUGUUGUGUUCCUGUUGCGUGCGCAGCUUCCACCUGGACCGCGCCGCCGCCUCCGUGCUCACCUCCUGUGUAAGUACCCGCCACCACCAGCCCGGGUGUCCGCGCUGGGCGACACGCGGCUGGCGCUGGCGCUGCGCGGCGGCCAGCUGUACGUGCUGACGCUGCUGUCGGACUCCGUGCGCAGCGUGCGCAGCUUCCACCUGGACCGCGCCGCCGCCUCCGUGCUCACCUCCUGUCGUGCGCAGCUUCCACCUGGACCGCGCCGCCGCCUCCGUGCUCACCUCCUGUGUAAGUACCCGCCACCACCAGCCCGGGUGUCCGCGCUGGGCGACACGCGGCUGGCGCUGGCGCUGCGCGGCGGCCAGCUGUACGUGCUGACGCUGCUGUCGGACUCCGUGCGCAGCGUGCGCAGCUUCCACCUGGACCGCGCCGCCGCCUCCGUGCUCACCUCCUGUAUGUGCGUUAUAGAAGAAGAUUUUCUUUUCCUCGGUUCUCGUCUCGGUAACUCUCUGUUGCUAAGAGUGACAGAACGAGAAAAUCGAAUGCUCUUCUCUGUCGACAAGCCUUUAGAAGCAACAGUCGAUCUGACGGUGUCUGAAACAGAAAAGGAUGUUCCCGCUCCUGCCAACAAGGAACCCCCCCAGAAGGAAACAGUAGAUCCAGUUGCAAAGAAACGUCGUAUGGACACGAUCAGUGACUGUGUUGCCAGUAAUGUCAUCGAGAUUUCAGAUAAAGACGAACUUGAAGUAUACGGCUCUGACAUACGAACGUCCACUCAGCUCACGAGUUACGUUUUUGAGGUGUGCGACUCGCUGCUCAACAUCUGCCCGAUCGGCGACGUGUCCAUGGGCGAGCUCCAGCUGGUGACGGAGGGCGACGCGGGGGAGAAGCCGCACUCGCUGGAGCUGGUGUGCUGCAGCGGGCGCGGGAAGAACGGCGCGCUCACCGUGCUGCAGCGCUCCGUGCGCCCGCAGCUGGUCACCGCCUUCGACCUGCCCGGCUGUGUGGACAUGUGGACAGUAAUUGGCGAAAGUGAGGCGCGCGACGCGCAUCGAGACAUGGACGGUUCCCACGCCUACUUGCUUCUAGCGCAAGACGAUGGCACGAUGGUCCUCCAAACAGGUCAAGAAAUAAACGAAGUGGACAAUUCCGGGUUUAUGACGAGUUCGCCCACGGUGUUUGCGGGGAAUCUUGGAAACAACAAGUUUAUGGUACAAGUAACCACUAGUGCCAUAAGACUUCUAAGGAACGGCGUGCUAGUGCAGUCCAUAUCUCUGGAGUGGACCACUCGGACGGCGUCUACAGCGGACCCCUACCUUUGCGUGGUGUCUACGUGCGGUCGCGUCCUGGUGCUGGCCCUCAGGGAGCUAAGGGCUAAGGAUGCCACGUCAGCGCGAUUAGCGCCGACACGUCAAAGCGUAGCCUCGCGGGUUCGCCUCGCGGUGCCCUAUCGCGACCUCAGUGGACUUUUCUCACAUACCGAUACCGCGCAGGUGAAAGGCGAAUUCUCCGGUAAGACAAAGGGGAAGAACGUGAAAGCUGAAGGUUUUAAACCGGAUACAGUUUAUGAACUAAACGAUGAAGACGAGUUAUUGUAUGGCGGUGACCAGACACCUGCGUCGAUGGCUAGUAUGCUGCUAGCGGAGCAGGCGACGGCGGGCGCGGUGCCGCGGCGCGCGUCCCGCUGGUGGCGCGGCGCGCUGGCGGAGCGCAAGCCCAGCUACUGGCUGUUCGUGGUGCGGGAGGGCGGCAACCUGGAGCUGUACUCGCUGCCCGAGAUGCGCCUGGCCUUCCUGGUGCGGGACGUGUGCGCCGGCGAGCGGAUACUAGCGGACAGCUUGGAAUCCGUUCCAAUCAUGACAGAAAUGACUGAUGAAGAGGAACUCAACUCAGGCCAUAGCAAUAAUGUGGACAAGCUUCAAGAAAUUUUAGUGGUGGGGCUCGGAUACCGAGGAACAAGACCGCUAUUACUUUUGCGGUGUGAUGACCAACUCAUGAUUUACCAGGCCUACAAAUACCCUCGAGGUAACCUCAAGCUACGUUUCUCGAGAAUGUCGGUUCCGUUUCCCUUCGGCUACCGUGGAACACCACCUCGAGCGCCUGAUGUUCCGGAUAUAAAGCAGAUGAGAUAUUUUGGUAACGUCGGAGGCUACAACGGUGUGUUCAUCUGUGGCCACAAUCCGUAUAUGCUGCUACUAGGGGCUAGGGGGGAGUUGAGGUUGCAUCCCUUAUGCCCAGACGAAGGACCAGUUGCGUCCUUCGCUUCCUUCAAUAACACUAAUUGCCCUCAGGGAUUUUUGUAUUUUAAUGCUAAGAACUCGCUCCGCAUCUCGGUGCUGCCGACGCACCUGUCGUACGAGGCGGCGUGGGCGGUCCGCAAGGUGCCGCUGCGCGAGACGCCGCACGCCGUCACGUACCACGCCGAGAGCAGGACGCACUGCCUCGUCACCUCCGUCAGCGCGCCCACCACCUCCUACUACCGGUUCAACGGGGAGGACAAGGAGCGCGCCGACGAGAACAAGGGCGACCGGUUUCCAUAUCCGAUGAUGGAAAAGUUCGCCGUGAUGCUGUUCUCGCCUGUGUCCUGGGAGGUGAUCCCCAACACACGUAUCGAGUUCGAUGACUGGGAACACGUCACCUGCUUGAAGAACGUUUCUUUGUCUUACGAGGGGACUAGGUCAGGUCUUCGAGGCUACAUUGCGAUUGGUACAAAUUACAACUACGGGGAAGAUAUCACGUCCAGAGGGAGGAUAAUAAUCUACGAUAUAAUCGACGUGGUGCCCGAGCCCGGCCAGCCUCUCACCAAGAACCGUUUCAAGGAGAUCUACGCCAAGGAACAGAAGGGUCCCGUCACUGCACUGACCCAGGUGUUGGGUUUCCUCAUCUCAGCUGUGGGACAGAAGAUUUACAUAUGGCAACUGAAGGACAACGAUCUGGUGGGCGUGGCUUUUAUUGACACGCAGAUAUACGUGCAUCGGAUGUUGGCGGUUAAAAAUCUAAUAUUAGUAGCGGAUGUCUACAAAUCAAUAUCUCUGUUAAGAUAUCAAGAUCAACAUAGAACGCUGUCUUUAGUUUCGAGGGACUUUAGAACCGCACAGAUAUACGACAUGCAGUUUAUGGUCGACAAUACAAGCCUGGGUUUUCUGGUGAGCGAGGCGGAAGGUAACUUCGCACUCUUCAUGUACCAGCCACAGGCGCGUGAGAGCUAUGGAGGCCAGCGCCUGCUCCGCAAGUGCGACUACCACGUGGGCCAGCAAGUGCACGCCAUGUUCCGCAUCGCAGCGCGCGACUGCUCCACCCGCCACUGCACCGUCUACACGACGCUGGACGGCGCUCUGGGGUACGUGGUGCCGGUGUCGGAAAAGGUGUACAGACGCCUUCUGAUGUUACAGAACGUGAUGAACAACUACUGCUGCCACGUGGCUGGACUCAACCCACGCGCCUACCGUACAUACAAGAGCGCUCGACGUCUCGCGGGUGGUGGCGCGGCGCGAGGGAUACUGGACGGAGACCUCGUCGCGCUCUACACCUGCAUGCCGCGAGCCGACCAGGCCGACAUCGCAAAGAAAAUAGGUACGAAAGUGGAAGAAAUUCUCGGAGAUCUCUACGAUAUAGACAGACUGACGGCUCACUUCUAGUUAUAACCAGAUCACUUUGUAUAUAUUAUAAGUUAAAGUAUUGAUAAA